AUGUCUCAAGGCGAAAGCGGCUACAUCGAUAGUUGCCAUAAAAUAGUUGGCGCUGCUAAGAAAAUUGAAUCAACCAUCCGAGAGCAACCCUCUCUGCGGGACGAUCUCACUGUCAUGGGAAAGCCGCUCGUCAGCGUUGUCGCUUUCACGUCGAGAACUCUCAACGUGUACGAUCUUGCCGAUGCUAUGUCGAGUAAAGGAUGGCAUCUAAAUGCCUUACAAAGGCCACCAGCCAUUCAUGUUGCUGUAACAUUACCAGUUGUCGCUGCCGUGGACAAACUUAUCGGAGACCUCGUGGCAGUGGUAGAAGAGGAGAAGGAAAAGGAGAGGGUAAGAAUUGUGGAAGGCAAGGGAGCAAAGGGCGGAGCGAAAGGCGAUGCGGCGGCGUUGUACGGUGUCGCCGGGAGUCUCCCGAAUCCGAGUGUGGUCAACAGUCUGGCUGAGGGUUUCUUGGACACGCUGUAUAAAGCCUGA